UUCAAGCGUGGUGGAACAAUGCGCUGCUUCAUCCUGCUGCUCCUCAACGGAACCGCUUGUUUGGUGGCCCUCAGUCAGGAGGACGACUCCUCGAGCCCCAAGAGAUCCUCUGGAGACUCCCCCAAGACGUUGGGCCUCCUGAGCGGCCAGGCAACCCUCUCACCAUUAAGCCGCUGGAUGCUUCACGGCAGAGGCCGGGCCGCCAAUGCCACCUCGCUGGAGUUGCCCUACCGCACACCGGCCGCCUUCUCCAAGCAGGAGUUUUCCAAGCAGGAGUUUUGGGAGAUGCUGGGUAGCGACCCGCUCAAACCCGAUGCCCCGGGCUCCCGGGUCAAGCGGCGGCCCAUCGUCAAGACGGGCAAGUUCAAAAAGAUGUUUGGCUGGGGGGAUUUCUACUCCAACAUCAAGACGGUACGGCUGAAUCUGCUCAUCACCGGCAAGAUUGUGGACCACGGCAACGGCACGUUUAGCGUGUACUUCCGCCACAACUCCACGGGUCAGGGCAACAUCUCGGUGAGCUUGGUACCGCCCGUCAAGGCGGUGGAGUUCGACCUGGAGCGCCAGAGCGUGGUCUACCCCAAGGACUCGAAGAUCUUCAACUGCCGCGUGGACUACGAGAAGGUGGACCGCAGCAAGCGCACCUCGCUGUGCAACUACGACCCAUCCAAGACCUGCUUCCAGGAGCAGAUCCAGAGCCACGUGUCCUGGAUUUGCUCGAAGCCUUUUAAAGUCAUUUGCAUCUACAUUUCGUUUUACAGCACGGACUAUCGCCUGGUGCAAAAGGUUUGCCCGGACUACAACUACCACAACGAGAUGCCCUACUUGCCAUCGGGCUAA